AUGGAGGUUACAAGCAACAUUCUAGAUAUUAGUGAUGAAAAUCAUAAUGAAAAAGAUUACACAGAAAAAUUCAUUAUUCAACUUAAAGAACAAUUAGAAAAAUCAAAUAGAGAGAAUAAAGAGCUAUAUGAAAAAUAUGAAUCUUUAGUAAAAGCAAUCAAUAAAAAAAAAUCUCAAAUUUUAAAAUGUAGAAAUUCUUUAAUUAGUCUUUUAGAUAAUGUUACAGUUAUUGAUAAUAACAAUAUUAAUGACAAUAGUAUUGAUAUUAUAAAUAAUAAUAAUAUUAAUAAUAAUAAUGGUUAUAGUAAUAAUUAUAGUAAUUUGACAAUAGUUGAAAAAUUAAGCAAUUCAUCAUCUACAUCAACCCCAACUAUUCUAUCUAGAUCUCCAUCUCCUGAAACCAUCACGACCAAUUCUACACCAUUAAAAAAAAAUAAACCAAUUAUAUUCCAUGAAAAUACAAUAGAUUUUUUUCAAAAUAAAAAAAAGAUCAAUAAUAACACUGAACAUAACGAUGAUACUCAAAUUAGAAAUGUAAAUUAUAAUAUUUUAAAAAAUGACAACAAUCAAAUCAAUAAUAACAACAAUAAUAAUAAUAAUAUAAAUAACAAUAAUGGUAAAAGAAAAUAUUCCAGUGAAGAUGAAUCAGAAGAAGAUGUAAAUUUUUGUCAAAAUGGUGAAAGAGAUUUAAAAAAACAAAAGAGAACUAUAUGGACCGAGCAAGAGGAGGAACUUUUUAAAAAUGUUUAUCAACAAUAUGGAAGGAACUGGAAAUUAAUUCACUCACAUUUUCAAAGCAAAACUUUGAUGCAAGUUUCAACCCAUGCAAAAUAUUUAAUCAAAAUUGGGAAAUUAGAAAAUAUCCCAAGAAUUAAAAUCGACCAAAGUUUUAAAAAUAUUGAUGAUAAUAGUAACAAUAACAAUAUUGAUAUUAAUAAUAGCAUUAUUAAUAAUAAUUUAAAUAGUGAUGAAAUGAAUAAUAUCAUCAUUAGUUCGUAA